AUGGAAAGUUUGCAAUUGAACACCGGAACGCUGCUGACAGUGGCAGCUUCUCUCAUUGCACUGCGCAUCGCCUACACCAUCAUCUACCGCCUGUAUCUAUCACCCUUGGCAAAAAUACCAGGACCCAAAUUGGCAGCUCUCACGUUCUUCUAUGAGUUUUACUAUGAUGUUGUCAAACGAGGCAGAUUCCUCUGGAAGAUACAAGACCUUCAUCGUGAGUAUGGUCCAAUCGUGAGAAUCAACCCUUACGAGGUUCAUAUCAACGAUGAUAGCUUCUACGAUGAAAUCUAUGCCAGUGGGCCGCAUCAUCCUCGUAACAAAAUUCGCUUCAUGUCUACCCACGAUGAGAGCAUGUUCGAUAGUUACGCUGCUGAAACACAUCGCGUUCGGCGGGCUGCAUUAUCGGGGUCUUUCUCGAAGCAGUCUAUUCGUGCUCUUGAGCCACAGAUCCUACAAACUGUUCACCAACUAGCUGGUAGAAUGAGCUCACUUUUACAGAGCGGAGAGGUUUUGAAUAUCAAAGCACUCUACAGUGGUCUCACCAUGGAUGUCAUUGCACAGUAUUGCUUUGGCGAGAGCAUGGAUAACAUGAAGCAAGAUCAGUUCGGCAAAGAGCUAUUAGACUUCUUCCAUGAGAUGCCUCAAGCUCAUCCAAUUGGACGCAUGUUUCCAUGGCUUUUUGAUAUCAUCCAAAGAAUUCCUAUUAGCUACCUUGCCAAGCUUGACCCAAAGCUCCAGCCUCUGGCUGAUUAUGACAAGAAGAUCUCUGGUCAAAUCUCAGAUGUCCUAGCAAAAGAGAAGAAGGAUGGGAUUAGAACUGUCUUUCAUGAGAUGAGAGAUAGCAAGCAACUCCCCCUAGCCGAUAAGACUCUUGAGAGAUUCAAGUCUGAGGCAGCUAUCUUUCUGGGUGCUGGUACUGAAACGACAGCUGCGGCGAUGACGACGCUGAGUUUUCAUCUUACCGAGAAUCCGGAUAUGUUAGCUACAAUGAGGAAGGAACUUCAAACAGUGAUGGGCGAUGCAGAUUCACCGGUCACUGUUGCAAAGCUUGAGCCUCUUCCAUAUCUGACGGGAGUCAUCCAGGAAGGUAUCAGACUCUCGUUCGGUGUUCCUGGACGGCUACCCCGUUAUGCACCAACGGAAGAUCUUGUUUAUGCCGGAUACAAACUUCCUCGAGGAACUCGCAUGAGCUCAUCCUCAUAUCUUAUUGACACAAACGAGGAACACUACCCAGAUCCUUUCAAAUUUGACCCAGAGCGCUGGACCCACGGCAAGGCUAGUCUGAGCCGCCACUUCGUACCUUUCUGUAGAGGAAGCCGUCAGUGCAUUGGUAUGAAUCUUGCAUACGCUGAGCUGUAUCUCACUGUUGCGACUAUCUUCUCGAGGUUCGAUCUUGAGCUGGUUGGCACGACGAGGAGGGAUGUGGAGAUUGCUCAUGAUUUCUUUGUGGGUAUGCCGCCGUUGAACUCGAAGGGUGUUAUGGUCAGGGUUGUGAAGGAUCGUAGUGAGUAG